AGCAAAGCCUUUGCAUUUUACGUUGGUCUUUCCCACACCUCACACUGUCCACUUGAAUUUAUUAUCUUUCAUCCCCUCUAAGCUAUGUUUUUUUUUUUUUUUUUUGGGUAGAAUUCUUUUAAUCAAAUUAAUCAACUUUCCAAUAAGAUAUUACAAGUAUUAAUUGGAUUCCUGUGUUAGCUAAUUCUUGACUUUGUCCUUCCACCACUUGAGUCUUCUCUUCCCCAUUUCAUUAAUUAAUUUGGUCUCGAUGGAGAGUGAUAAUGGUGACGGCAAGUCCAAGAUGGAAGACUAUGAAGUUGUAGAACAGAUUGGAAGAGGAGCUUUUGGAGCUGCUUUUCUUGUUCUCCAUAAACUUGAGAAAAACAAGUAUGUGUUGAAGAAGAUUCGCCUGGCCAAGCAAACAGAGAAGUUUAAGCGUACAGCGCACCAAGAGAUGGAAUUGAUUGCAAAAUUGAAUAAUCCAUAUAUUGUCCAAUACAAAGAUGCUUGGGUCGAUAAGGGCAACAACAGUAUAUGCAUUGUAACUGGCUACUGUGAAGGAGGAGACAUGGCUGAGCUUAUUAAGAAGGCCAGAGGUAUGCACUUUCCUGAGGAGAAAAUCUGCAAAUGGAUGACUCAAUUGCUGUUGGCUGUGGACUACCUGCACUCAAACCGUGUUCUUCAUAGGGAUCUGAAAUGUUCCAACAUAUUCCUUACGAAGGACAAUGACAUCAGGCUUGGUGACUUUGGACUUGCAAAAUUACUUAACACAGAAGAUCUUGCUUCCUCGGUUGUUGGCACACCCAACUAUAUGUGUCCCGAGCUCCUGGCAGAUAUACCUUAUGGCUAUAAAUCUGAUAUAUGGUCACUUGGUUGUUGUAUGUUUGAGAUUGCUGCACAUCAACCAGCAUUUAGAGCUCCUGAUAUGGCUGGACUCAUUAACAAAAUCAACAGAUCCUCCAUUUCUCCUCUCCCAAUUUUGUAUUCCUCCACACUGAAACAAAUAAUCAAGAGUAUGCUAAGGAAGAACCCAGAACUUAGGCCAACUGCUGCUGAACUCUUAAGGCACCCUCAUUUGCAGCCUCAUCUCCUUCGCUGCAGAAACCUGUCUUCUGUUUAUCUUCCAAUAAAGCCCACAAACAGCACAAAGGAGAAGUCACCUAGAAAAUCAUUGUCCAGCAAACCUGCCAUUGCAAAGGACAGGGUGUUUAAAGAUGCUGGGGUAUCAAAUGGACAAGAAAAUAUACAGGCAUUUCCGAGAAUGGCAGAUUUACACUUAAGCGGUUCUCCAACCUGUGACAAGCAAACAUCCACAGCUAGUACAGAAGACAGCCUUGUCACUAAGAGGGUUGAUCCUACUAGCUGUGCUGUCGAAAUUUCUAACUCUAUAAGUGAUUCCAAAGACAUAUCCACUGAUUCUGAAGUGAGUGUUAGCAAUGGAGACAAACAGGCUCAGUUUAACAUCAGUCCUCAAAAGGAUGCUGAUGUGGAGUCAACUUCAGAGAUGGCAUUCAAUUCUCAGCAUGAUGAACAAGAAGAAGAACCCACUUCUGAGAUCAUUCAAAAUUUACAGGAUGGUGAUAUCAAGUCUGUAAGUCGAAAAGAUGAAGAGACUUUUUGUGACAUGCAGGUUCUCGAAGAAGCAGCAAAAGAGGUUCUUGACGUGCAGGUUCUUGGUAGAUCAGGGGAUUCCAGUAAACUAACAAUUUCCAGUAUAAGCUGUGAUGAUAAAAUUGGGUUCCCUGAUGAUGGAAGUUCAUCAUCUACUGUUUAUGAGACUGACGUAGAACGAAGAUGCUCUUCAAAUAAAACAAGUAGUCCUAAUGCAAAAACAGAAGGUGCCGACACCAACUACUUGUCAUCAGAAAGUAAUGUACUUCCAUGUAAAGAUGAAGCAGGAGCAACAUCAGAGAAUAAUACUACCUUUCAAACAGAGAAAGAUGGUGCCCAACCGAUUCAAUUGACACCAAGUGAUGUGUCGUUACUGAGUAGACUUACAGCCUUGAGUGGUGAUGAAAUUAGGAGUGUGUGGGAGAAUCCAAGUCAGCAAAGAGCUGAUGCUCUGGAGUCUUUGCUUGAGCUAUGCGCCCGGCUUCUUAAGCAAGACAAAAUUGAUGAGCUUGCUGGUGUGCUACGACCAUUUGGGGAAGAAGUUGUCUCAUCAAGAGAGACGGCAAUUUGGUUAACAAAGAGCCUCAUGUCUGCCCAAAAGUUCACGGGAGGAACCUGAUGUUCAUGAUUUGUGCUUGGCAUUAAUUUAUUCAUUAUUGCGAGAAAAUGGUUUUUUGCUUUUUUUUUUUUUUCAAAAUGUCUUGACAUAACGUGUUUGUUCAGAGUGGUUUGCUUGAAGAGAAGAUAGUAAAGAAAUGCAGAUUGUUGGCUCACGGGUGGUUUUGAUGGAAAUAUUGAAGCCAUUCUUAGUACUUUUCAAUGUUCCAAAUCAAAUUUUUGUUGGAUGCUAUGGAAUGAGAAUUUAUCAAAAUCAAAAUCCAGAAACAAUAAUUCUUAAAAUCAAAUCCGCAAACUAUAAUCAACUCAGAAGUCAGGAGUAACAAUCUCCAUCCAAUAUGCAUGCAGUGACAAGCUCAUGAUUUUGAAUUUCUUUCCAGCUCAAGAAAAGGCAUCAGGUUUUAAUAUGAUUAA